GCGCAGGCGCGCGGGAGGUUUGCGGUAGGCCUCAGCUGAUCCUGCCCUUGUCCCGCCCCUCCCCCUUCCCAGCUCACAGGCUGCCGGGCGCUGGGGCCCUUCUUUCCAUCCCCCCCUGCACCCGGGACUGCCGACUCUGCGACCCUGGCCUAGGGCCUGUCUGCGCCGAAGGAGCCGGGGACUCCGCAGCGCCCCGCGUGCCGACAUGGGAAAGUCUCUUUCUCAUUUGCCUUUGCAUUCAAGUAAAGAAGAUGCUUAUGAUGGAGUCACAUCUUCUGACAACAUGAGGAAUGGAUUGGUUAGUGGUGAAGUACAUAAUGAAGAUGGAAGAAAUGGAGACGUCUCUCAGUUUCCAUAUGUGGAAUUUACAGGAAGAGAUAGUGUCACUUGCCCCACUUGUCAGGGAACAGGCAGAAUUCCCAGGGGGCAAGAAAACCAACUGGUGGCAUUGAUUCCAUAUAGCGAUCAGAGAUUAAGGCCAAGAAGAACAAAGCUGUAUGUGAUGGCCUCCGUGUUUGUCUGUCUGCUCCUUUCGGGAUUGGCUGUGUUUUUCCUUUUCCCUCGUUCUAUCGACGUGAAAUACAUUGGCGUAAAAUCAGCAUACGUCAGUUAUGAUCCUCAAAAGCGUAGAAUAUAUUUAAAUAUCACAAAUACGCUAAAUAUUACAAACAAUAAUUAUUAUUCCGUUGAAGUUGAAAACAUCACUGCUCAAGUUCAAUUUUCAAAAACAGUUAUUGGAAAAGCACGCUUAAACAACAUAACCAAUAUUGGUCCACUUGAUAUGAAGCAAAUUGAUUACACGGUACCUACUGUUAUAGCGGAGGAAAUGAGUUACAUGUUUGAUUUCUGUACACUGGCAUCCAUCAAAGUACAUAACAUAGUACUCAUGAUGCAAGUUACUGUGACAACUACAUACUUUGGCCACUCUGAACAGACAUCCCAGGAGAGGUACCAGUAUGUCGACUGUGGAAGGAAUACCACAUAUCAGUUGGGGCAGUCUGAGUAUCUAAAUGUACUUCAGCCACAACAGUAAAAACUGAAAGAGAUACGUCUAGAGAAGGACAAAUAUCUACUGAUAUUUUCCAUACUCCUAAAGAGGAGGUAUUUCCUAACAGGAUAUCUUAAAUUGAACAAACCUAAAGUUUACACUUCUAUUUUAAGAAUACAGUUAAAAGUACGUGGACUUGCGAUUAUUUCAAACUCUCCACUCUGUGUUAAUGAUAUAUUUGUACCAGAAUCUUUUACUUGAAUCGAAAUUUACUAAUUGAUUUUCUUCUACCCCUUCAUUCUAAAAGGGAAAGACCAAGCCUUUCCCUAUAGUAUAAUAAUAAUUAUUUGAAAAUCAUAGUUCUUACCACUACUGAAAACAUAAUUUUAGUUAUGAACAUAAUUAGAGAAACUUAAUUUCCGAAUGUUUUUCUAGAAAAUUACUGAAAGCCCUAUCAUUCAUGGAAGACUUUUAAAGAAUAGCCUUUUAUCCCUGUUUUAUAAAUUGCCAUUGUUACAUGGUAGUUUUUCAACUACAUAAUAUUUUAGCUUUUAGCUAAGUGUUUUUAGCUUUUCAUUUAUUGAAAUUCUACUUAUUUGCAUGUGUUUGUCAGUCUUAUUUCAGACUAGUGGUUGCAUAACACUUAUAACCAAAAUAGUCUUUGAAAAAUUCCAUACUUAAAUUUUGUUAAAGUCCUUAAAUAAUGUGUUUCAUGUUUUUCCGUAGUAGUUACAGUUUGGUGAAUUUUUUGUGUGAUCCUCAAUCAUUCACUUAAUGUACAAUAUUGUAAAUAAAUGAACUGUGCAUGGUCUUUAUACAGCUUUAACAAAUGUCAAAGUGGUAUAGAUUCAGAGUUAAAGCAAGUUGCUCAUAAAAAUAAAUACAAUGGAUGAAAUUCAGAGACCCAUAGAAUUAGAAUAGCUUCCAAUUACAUGUUGGAUCUGGCAUAAAACAGAUUUGAAAUAAAAUAUUUUGAUGUUC